UGCUGUUUGGAAUUUGGAUUUUUGUUUUUUGUUGAAUUUUUUGAAAAAUUCUAGUGUUUCAGUAGCAGAUUCUGGCUUAACAAUUCCGAAAGUUGCAAAGGUGAUGGCCAAGUUCUAAAAGGAUCUACAAAUAGCAUCAUGUCUGAAAAUUACGAAUACUUAUUCAAAUUCCUCGUUAUUGGUAGCGCUGGAACUGGGAAGUCCAGCCUUUUGAACAACUUCAUUGGCAACAAAUUUAAAGAGGACAGGUGCCACACCAUAGGUGUAGAGUUUGGCUCCAAAAUUGUGAAUAUUGGAGGAAAGUCCACAAAACUCCAAAUAUGGGACACGGCUGGACAGGAGAGGUUCCGUUCUGUCACGCGGUCAUACUACCGAGGAGCCGCCGGGGCGCUGCUGGUGUAUGACGUCACCUCCAGGGACUCUUUCAAUGCUCUCUGCAACUGGCUCCGAGACGCCCGCACGCUGGCCAGCCCCAACAUAGUCAUCCUUCUUGUUGGGAACAAGAAAGACUUAGAAGAGUCUAGGGAAGUCACAUUCAGUGAAGCCAGCCAGUUCGCUGAGGAAAAUGAGCUCAUGUUUUUGGAGACUAGUGCAAAAACUGGUGAGAAUGUUGAGGAGGCCUUCUUGAAGUGUUCCAAGACCAUAUUAGCAAAGAUAGAGACGGGGGAGCUUGACCCAGAGCGGAUAGGCUCCGGUAUCCAGUAUGGAACUAGCUCCUCUAAGCGACUCACAGCUCCGAAGAAACCUGCCCGGACUCCGUCUGAAUGUGCCUGCCGGCUCUAAAGUAAGUUCCCACCUUAGUAUCUCAUUUGUACCAAUAUUUAAGCUAUUUAAGUUAAGUUAGGCACUAUAUUAUAUUUACAAAUAUUUAUAAUGAUGAAUAUGAUGAUUUCCUUCAAUGAUUACUGUGUUUCACCAUACUAAAAGUUAUAAUAUGUUUUAAAAAACAAUUGCAUCUAGUGUUUUAGUGUGAAUUGAAGAGGUUAUCAACACUCAAAAACAAAGGUUAAUGUAUUAGUAGAUAAUGAUUUGUGCAAUAAAUAAGAAGUGACCUUUAAUUAUCUCUAUUUAAACUACGCAAAAAUUCAGUAUAAACAUUAGGUAUAUUUAGUACAGGAGUACAGCACACUAUUUAAUUUCGAUGGAAAAUAGUAUUUUCUGUAGUAAAUAAUCAUCUGAUAGUUUUUAAGACAACUCUUGUUAUUUAUAUCUGUGUAAGCACAUUAUUUUGUAAACAUGCACUUGUGUUCAUGACAAUACAAAUUAAUAUGACUAUUUCUCUCUUAACAAACCCUUAAUAAAUAACAGUAAAACAAAAACUUUCUUUUUUAUACAAAUUUAUUCAUAUAAGUAAUAAGAAUAAGUAACAUUGCUUACAGCUUCACUUAAAUAAAAGACAAUGUGUAAAAACAAAA